AUGGACCAAGGACCUCGGCGAGGAGCAUUGUCAUGGGAUGACUACUUCAUGGGUUUGGCCUUCCUCACAGCCAUGCGAUCCAAAGAUCCGUCCACGCAGGUGGGUGCCUGCAUCGUGAACGACCGAAAUCGCAUCAUUGGAGUAGGCUACAAUGGCAUGCCCACCAACUGCCCGAAUGAAGAGCUUCCCUGGAGCAAGACGUCCUCUUCAGGCGAGCUGGCGACCAAGUACCCCUACGUCGUCCACGCAGAACUCAAUGCCGUGCUCAACAAAAACGCCGAGAGCUGUGCCGGGUGCAGGCUCUACAGCACCCUUUUUCCUUGCAAUGAGUGUGCCAAAGUCAUCAUCCAGGCUGGCAUUCGCCAGGUGAUCUAUGCGUCAGACAAGCACGCGGUGAGGGCCUCGGCCCAAGCCUCGCGGCGCCUCUUUGAGCUCGCGGGCGUGGAGAUGCGGCACUACGAGCCAGAGAAGGAGUCUUUGCAGUUGCCACUGAGGUACCAGCCGAGAGAGGGGACUUGUGUAUCUUGCGGAGGCCCGGGCCUCCGCGUGGGUCAAGUCCACGGCCAUGGCCACGGGGGCCAUGAGGGCCACAGCCGCGCGAGCGGACUUGGCCAGUGGGCCCAGUGGGCCCAGUGGGCCCCAUGGAUGCUGGCUGCGGGGUUCGCCCUAGGAGCCGGGAAGAGGUUCCGUUUGCGCUGA